AUGUCAAUCUCACAACAACCCCCGAUACCAAUCUCCAUCACGAUCUGCGGCGACGGCGGCUGCGGAAAAUCCUCCAUCACCCUCCGCCUCGUCCGCUCCCAGUGGACCUCGGACUACGACCCCACCAUCGAGGACUCGUACUCCAUCACCCGCAAGAUCGACGGCCACAACUACCACCUCUCCCUCACCGACACCGCCGGCCAGGAGGAGUACCGCGGCAUGUGGGCCUCGUCCAACCUCGGCGCCGACGCCUUCCUCCUCGUCUACGACAUCACCUCCCGCGACUCCCUCGACGCCCUCGCCUACUUCAACGACCUCAUCGACAUGGAGGCCGAGACCCGCCUCGACAACGCCGACCGCGCCAGGCGCGCAGGCAUCUCCCCCGCCUCCUACCGCGACACCGUCUCCGCGCAGCCGGGCGCUAAGACCGUCCCCCCCGUCAAGAUCGUCGCCGGCAACAAGUGCGACCUCCAGGAGUCCCGCGCCGUCCCCGCCGCCGUCGGCCUCGACUGGGCGCGCCGCCGCGGCUGCGGCUUCAUGGAGACCAGCGCCCGCCUCGAGGUCAACAUCGAGGAGACCUUCGCCCUCAUCGUCCGCCGCGUCGUCGAGGCGCGUCGCCUCGCCACCAUGGGCGUCAACGAGAACAUGGAGAUGGACCGCCGCGGCAUGACCAAGCCGCUCGGGCCCCCUCCGGCCAGCGGCCGCGGGAGCGAGCAGAACGAGAAGCGCGGGCCGGGCGUAAGGGGUCCGAAUCUGGACGGCGGGAAGAUGAAGGGGCCUUCGAUAUGGAGGAAGUUGAGGUGUUGGUGA